GAUGCCCGCGCCGGUGCCGCCGCCCCCGCGCCGCGCAGCCCCGGCCGCCCGGCCUUAGCCCGCCGGCCCUCCCCGCGCGCCCCCGCCGCCCGGCCUCGCGGACCCACAGACCUCGGCGGGGAGAUGGAGGUCCUGGCAGCAGAGACCACGUCCCAGCAGGAGCGGCUCCAGGCCAUUGCGGAGAAGCGGCGGAGGCAGGCGGAGAUCGAGAACAGGCGCCGGCAGCUGGAGGACGACCGGCGGCAGCUGCAGCACCUGAAGUCCAAGGCGCUGCGGGAACGCUGGCUGCUGGAGGGGACGCCGUCCUCGGCCUCGGAGGGGGACGAGGACAUGAGGAGGCAGAUGCAGGAGGACGAGCAGAAGGCGCGGCAGCUGGAGGAGUCCAUCUCCAGGCUGGAGCAGGAGAUCGAGGAGCUGGAGAACGCGGAAGCGCUGCCGGCAGCUGCCAAGGCGAGCCCCGCGGCCCCGAGCCCCGCCCGCGCCCCGGCCCCCGCCGCGGAGGACCAGAGGGCCGAGGCCGCAGUGAACUCUCAGCAGACCCCGGUGGGCACGCCCAAAGAGAAGCGAAUCUCCAACACCCCGUUGAGGACGGUUGAAGGCUCCACCAUGAUGAAGGCAGCCAUGUACUCGGUGGAGAUCACGGUGGAGAAGGACAAGGUGACGGGGGAGACCCGGGUGCUGUCCAGCACCACCGUGCUCCCCCGGGAGCUCCUCCCUCAGGGCAUCAAGGUCUACGAGGACGAGACCAAAGUGGUCCACGCCGUGGACGGCACGGCAGAGAACGGCAUUCACCCUCUGAGCUCCUCUGAGGUGGACGAACUCAUCCACAAGGCGGACGAGGUCACACUGAGCGAGGCGGGGUCAGCGCCUGGGGCCGUGGAGCCCAGGGGGCCGUCGGAGGACGCCACCGUCCGGACCACGCCCUCCAGGCGGGAGAUCACUGGAGUGCAGGCCCAGCCUGGGGAGGCCACAUCGGGCCCGCCGGGCAUCCAGCCCGGCCAGGAGCCCCCGGUCACCAUGAUCUUCAUGGGCUACCAGAACGUGGAGGAUGAGGCCGAGACCCAGAAGGUGCUGGGCUUGCAGGACACCAUCACCGCGGAGCUGGUAGUCAUCGAGGACGCAGCUGAGCCCAAGGAGGCGGCCCCACCCAAUGGCAGUGCAGCUGAGCCGCCCGCCACCGAGGGCUCCAGGGAAGAGAACCAGGUGGGGCCCGAGGCCCCCGCCAGCGACCCCCAGGACCUCGACAUGAAGAAGCAGCGCUGUAAAUGCUGUUCCAUCAUGUGACCCACCCGGCCCCCCAGACCCCGGCCCUGCCCUCCACACCAGACACCCUCACAGCCCGGCCCUCCCGGCGCCUGCCCACCCUCCACCCGCAGUCACGGGCCCAGGACGUGCUGUGUUGUCACAUGUUCCGAGUUUUCUUUCACCAGGAAGAGAGGGACAAGGGUCCCCCAUCCCGUCACCAUCCCCCCACACCCUAAGCCACUGAGCCGUGCACCGAUGCCUGGUAGGAGAGACACGGGCACACCCGCUUGUCCCCACACGAGGGUCCCCGCCAUGUCACGGCAGCUCCGCGGAUGUGGCUCUCACCCACAGUGGUCCUGGCUGGUGUGACCCGGGGCCUUGAUGCGGCCCCAGGCCAGCCCGCCUCCCUCUGGGCCUCCUGCCUGUGCCUUCCUGCCACCUCCAAUGAGGUCCCUGAGGGGACACCCUGCCGGCGAGGGGUCCUAGGAGCCAAGGGUUCUGGGGGCCUUGCUCUUUCCCUGCUCAGCCUCUGAGGGGUUUCCCUGGCCAAGGCGCUGGGUCUGGGUCUCAGGCAGUUGGGGUGAGGAUGUGCCUCUUUGGGGAGCCCAGGCUCGAGGUCUUGGCAUGGAGUUUGAGCCCUCCCGGACACCCCCAGCCUGAUGUGCCCCUCCCCCCAGUGCUCUGGGCGCAGCCAGUGGACGAUGGAGCCUGGGAAGGCGGAGCCCUGGGGACGUGCCCCCCCACUCAGAAGGGGUGUGACCCCUGUGCUGUCUUCUGGCCGGGCUGGGCCAGGGGUCUUUGAGCUGUCUCUUGCACAAGGCAGGGCCACGUGAGCCCCUUUUUGUCCUGAGCUCCCACCCCCACUGGGCCCUCCUUCCUCCUGGUGCUAAUUCAGGGACCCUGGGGGACUGCCCUUAGCCCCUUCUCCAGCCUGCUUGGACCAGGGUCCUGGGCCUCCCCAACCAUACCCCAGAGAUCAGGCCCACCGCCGGCUCCGCUAGGCUUGGCGCAUUCCGGGCAGUGGAGAGAGGCACACUGCCCGGGACAGGGAGCUUCUCCUGGGUUGCAGCUGGAGAUCCCUGUCUGCUGCCCAGCCUGACGUGCACCUGCCCCCCUCUUGCUGGAAGGGGUGAGGGGUGAGGGGCUCCCCUCCUGGGGGCAGCUGACACAGGUGUAUAGACACAUCUCCCUGGUUGCAGCUACACCCGUCCCCAGAGGCACAUUCAUGCACAUGCUCACAGGCCCUCUCAUGUAUGGGCUGUGGAUGACCAGGCCCCAUCUCGGCCCCUCCCCUAGGGGCCUGCAGCCUGGUGCCCUGGGCCCAGGCCAACCCCGCCUCAGCAGGGUGGGUGCAGGGACCACCCUGGACCGCAGCCUGGGUCCCCAUCUCAGCCUUGCCCCUGGGUGGCUGGGAUGAGAGGCCCUCUCUGAGGUGACCCUGAGCAGUGGCCGUGGAAUCCUCCCUUCCUCCUCAAGUCCACCCAAGUCCUCGAGCUGUGAGCCUCCGCUGAAGUGCCCUUGCUGCCCCCUCUGCUUUCGAUGUGUGAUGAGGCCCUGAUGUUCUUGACUUUCCCAGAGAAGCAAAUAAACAGUGUGAACA